GUCAUUGAAGAAAGCGGGAUUGUUUGUUUGGUUCUGUUUGUGGAUAAUUAUUUCGUCUUGUAAUACUUGAAAAAUUUAGUUGGAAAUACGAAUAAUUAAUGGAAUUUUGAAAUGGCCGACGAUUUCGAUAUUUACGGCGAUUUAGACGAAUUAACGGUAGAAACACAAACGGAAAACAAAGUGAUACGAGAAUUGAAUGCGCAAAUCGAGGAACUUAAGGCAAAAAUCGCCGAGAAGGAACAGGAAAAACAAGAAAUUGCCAACAAGAAUGCAAUUUUGAUGGAAAAUAUAUCUACACUUUUGCUAACAGCGAAAGCUGAGUUGAAGCGAAAAGAUGCCUUGAUAGCGGAUAUUCGCCGGGAAAGGGAUAAUACAGUGUUCCGCAGAGGCAACAAACACGUUCGUAAGCAUGAUCGAUAUACACAGACGACGUUGAUUCAUCAUAUGGAUCGGGAGGUGCAAACAGAAUGUUUAGAAGAGAAGCGGAAAAUUAAAGAUUCAACAUCGGUGCUGAGAAACGACCGCAGACGCGACCGAAGUUUGUCAAGGCAAAGAGAAAUAAGCGGGACCACGAGACACAUUAGAGGGAACUCUCGAUCUAGAGAUGUGUUCAAAAGACCAAAUCCAAUAAGUCGCAUGGAUCUUCGUAAUAAAAUUCAUAGUUCGUGUAAUAGGAAUCGCGAGUGGCAGCGAGAAAAAGAAAAGCAAGCACGUCGAGCCAAUCGAACACCGGACUUGGAUAGAAAGCGAUCGACCGUGCGGUUUAGAAGUCCUGUUCGAGUUAAAGAUAGGAAAGAUGGUGCUUGUCAAUCAGAUUCCUACAUUGAACUGUCGAGCACUUUUAUUCCUAUGAAUGAAGAAGAGUUGGAUCGGUACGUCAAAGAAAUCGGUCGAAAAGAGAACCGGGCGCCUGCAAAUGAAACGAUAAAAGAAGGGAAAAAGUCCUCGAAGCGCACAAAAUCCGAACCGUCCGGUGAUAUUAUUCAGUCGGAUGAAAUUGGAACGACGGCAUCGACUGGAAUUGGUACUCCGAAUGGCGGUUUAGAAGAUAUCGAGCAAAAACUGACAGCACUUCAUGGGGAAUCUACACCGAAAACUCCACGUAUGAACUCGAGCGUAGCACAAACUUCGAUGGAGCUGCUGGAAUAUCUAAAUAGAGAAGAUAGUUCUCCACCUCCGCUGCCACCACUUCCUCCGCCGGUGAUACCACCACCUCCAGAACCGCCGAUUAUUGAGCAGGUUCCGGAGUUUCCGCUUGACGAUGACCCCCGAUUAAAUGAUAGCCGGGAGCUGCGAAUUGUUGAGUCAGAUGAAGGGCCCGGACCGAUCGAGUCGAGUGAAAAACAUGUGGAGGCAACUUUGCGGGAGGAAGAAUUGGAAGAUGGGGAGGUGCUUUCUUCCGGUGAUGAACAGACUACGCAAGGGGUAACAAAUCGUGUCAGCGAUGGUAAUGAAGUUGUUGAUAGUUCUGAGAGAAAGCAUACAAAGAAAAGAAACCACACAAAGAAGUCCAAACACAAAUCUGUUGACAAAGUAGAGGAAAAACACGAUAUUGAUAGGUCUCGCCCAGAGGAGAGGAUUUCCCUAACGCAAGACCACAGUAGAUUAAAAAUUAAGGACCGCAAUCAUCAGCGUCCGCGAAGGCUUACCGAGCCGUCAUUGGAGGAAUGGGAAUCCGUGAAUUCACAUACAAAGAACAAAAUACGGCAUUCGCAUAGUAACAGUCAUAAGGAAAAGACACUGAAAGAACUGUUCGGUACGGACGAUGAGAACUCGUUGUGUGGUUCACCGAUAGUUGUUGCGAAGCGAAGAAACAGUUGCGAACUGAAUGGGUUAGAACAUGCUAUGAAAAAGCAGAAGAGGGCAGCUAUUGCUGCAGCGAUGGAGUUGGCUGUUGAGAAUCGAGUUACUUCGGAACGAAAUCAUGCUGGACAUAGAGAGGUGGAAGGGCAUAAACAUUUCAGUAAGGAGAGGAGUAAUGUAGGUUUAGACUCGCAACCAGAAGAAAAUAAAUCGAUUUUACACAAAGAGCUUACUAGUCAGGAAAGAGCUGAUAGGAAAGAGCAUAAACACAAACAUACAGAAUCAACGCUGUGGCAAGAAAAUAGGCGAAAGAAUGGUGAUGACGCCGAACGGGAUAGAAACCACAAAGUCGAACAUAACGUUUCUAGCAGAAAAGAACACAAUAGUCGAGAAGCUCAUUUCCUUGUGAUAGAGGAACACAUUAGCCAACCGCCAGUUGAUAGACAUGGAAUGAUAACCAGACGAAGAAAGUCUGUUCGUGUGGAGGGAUCUGAAUCGAGUCAUAAAGAGAAUACUGAUAGAAGAAGAUCCGCCAAUCAAGAGGAAUCUGCUGGAAAAGAUGGGAUGUUGAAAAAGGAAGUUGAAGUGUCGGAGGUUGACCGGAAAAAGGAAGCUGAACGUCGAUGUAUGCUGGUUGAAAAUUCGAAGGAAUCUGUUGAAGAAAGGAAGACUAUCAAACAGGAUGUAACUGGAAAACGCAGAAGAUCUCUACACCAGAAUGAUGCCAGAAAUGUGCUUGAGGAUAGUGAAGCGAUUACGGGCCAGAAAAAGUCUACUAUUGAUGAGACUGAGUGUGGGACAAAACAGAUCCCUAAAAUUGUAAAUAUUAAUACAGAAGAAGACUGUGACAAAAUUUGCGGGAAAGUGGAGCAGGAUACACUUUAUAGGAGUAAAGAACACGACAAACGAGAAGCAUCCAAUUACCCGACAGAAGAACCUGACAGGUUAUCAUUAAAAGAUGAACACCGGAAGAUUACAAAGCGUAGAAAAUCUGUUCGAUUGUUGCAAUCCGAUUUGGAUCAGGAAAAAACUACUCAGAAAAGAAGAUCUACUGAUCGAGAGCACUCUGCUCUAGAAGUUGAGUUUACGAAAGAGGAAGUAGUUUGUCCACCAGAAUCUAGCUCGCAAAAGGAUCAAGAAAAAGAGGUUGAAAGUCAGAGUAUAUUUGUACAGAAAGAUAAAUCUGUAAAAGUUAUUGAACCUGCUACGGAGAAACAGGUUGUAAAUAAUGUAGAAGAAGGUGAAAAGAUUAAAAGGCGUAGAAAAUCUAUCUUUUCAUUGCAUUCCGAUUUCGAUCAGGAAGAAAACUCUCAGAGAAGGAGGAGUUUUACUAAUCUGGAGUACUCUGCCUUAGAACUUGAUACAGUAGAAAAUGAAAUCUGUGGAAAAGUAGAACAGAAAUCACCUUUUAGUAGUAAAGAACACGAUAAACGGAAAGCAUCUAUUUAUUCGACAGGAGAUCCGGACAGGUUAUUGAACGAUGAACCCUGGAAGAUUACAAAGCGUAGAAAAUCAGUUCGAUUGUUGCAUUCCGAUUUGGAGCAGGAAAAUACUUCUCACUCUGUUCUAGAAGUUGAGUCUACGAAAGAGGAAGCAAUUUGUUCACGUGAAUCAAGCUCGCAAAAGGAUCAAGAAAAAGAGGCUGAAAGUCAGAGUGUGUUAGAAGAGGCAGAUAAAUCUGAAGAAGUUAUUGAACUAAUUACGGAGAAACAGGUUGUAAACGGAGCAGAAGGACGCGGAAAAAUUAAAAGGCGAAAAAAAUCUAUUCGAUUGUUGCAUUCCGCUUCUGAUCAGGAAGAAAGCACUCAGAGAAUAAGUUCUACUAAUCGGGAGCACUCUGCUUCAGAAAUUGAUUCUACGAAAGAGGAAACGGUUUGUCCGCAAGAAUCUUGCUUGCAAAAAGAUGAGGAAAAGGAAGCCGAAAGUCAGAAUAUAUUAGUAGAGGUGGACAAGUCUGAAGUUAUUGAACCUGCCACGGAGAGACUGUCUGUAAAUGUAGAAGAUGCAACCGUCCGACGUGGAAGAUCUGGGCAAGAUUCCGCUAUUUCUGAGGAAAUGGUUUUGCAAGAGACUGAGAACUCAACACUAGAACCUGAAGGUAUGGCAGAGCAUACAGUUUUUGAUGCUGUAGACGAUGUGGAAAACAGUAAUGCAACAGUUGAGCCUGAAAGAGAAACAGAAAAGUCUUCUGAGCAAAUUCAAACAUCAGUGCCAAGUGCGCUCAGUGAAAUUGUUUUACCGCCAACUCUUUCCAACCCCAAAGAAGUUACUGAAGAAAAAGCGUCAAUUGUUUGCGUUGAAGAAUCUGUCAGACAAGAAGAGCUGGUCCAAGCAGAAGACAUUUUAGUCGCACAAAAGCAGACGAUUGACGAGCAGAUCGAAACGGAACAGAUGGACAAAUGUGAUAUUUUAUUACCAAUUGUAGCAGAACUUCCGGAUCACGUUACACAGCUUACACCUUCAACGGUGGAGCGGACGGAGGAACACACUAUAACACAUGCCGUUGACGACGCUUCUGGCAGGCAACUUGAAGCGGCUGAAAGUGAACACAUCGAAUCCGCUACCACAGGACAGGAUACAAGUAUCCUCUUAGGUCGAUACUGCGAGUACCGAAUCGCAUUCGAUAACGAGGAAGAGACAACGGUUAUCAUAACCCGAAAGAAAAAGAAAAAAAUCAAAGCCAAAAAUGCAACUCUUAACGCAACCGGUUUGGUUUGUUAAUAAAAUAAGGCGAUGAUUGUUCGUAACAUAUAUUUUAUUUUAGUGUUUAUUUUGUACUCGUAGGUUAGAAAAUAAAUUGCCACAAAUUACCACAGCCCAGUUUGAACUUCCCUGUCUGCCGUACGCAAACCCACAGCUCGCAACCUUUGUUCGUUGUUGAAAGCAACGUCACUUGAUGGCGGUGCAGGCCGGUCUCCAUUUCUUCCUCCGCCGCCGUCUGCUUCAAGCAGUAGCUCCAAAAUUGUUUUGUCCCGUUCGCUUAUCGCUGCCUGAUAGGUGGCGGAAACCGAACUCCAGUGGCUCAUCAGAUCCGUCUGACGAACGGCCAUUUGGAUU